AUGGGACGGAAAAAGGAAAAGAACACUGAAGACCCAGAGGAGCGUGUGGACAUCCCCAAGAGUACAGAGUCUGAGGUCAGCCACCUGUCUCCCUCUAAUAAGGAGACCAUCAUGAUCACUGUCCACGGGGCCACCAAUCUACCCAUCUGCAAGGAUGGCUCUGAACCAUGGCCCUAUGUGGUGGCGAACAGCACAUCUGAGGAAGCGAACAACCAGAGCUCCAAGGCAGUCACAUCUGUGACCUCAGAGCCCACCAGAUCCCCUGUCUGGGGGGACACGGUGAAAGUGGAGAUUCAAGCGGCAAAUGCUGGGCAAGAAGAUGUGGUCCUCAAGGUGGUGGACAACAAAAAUAAAGAGGCACUAUUGUCCUACAAAAUCCCCAUCAAGUACCUGCGUGUUUUCCACCCCUACCACUUUGAGCUGGUAAAGCCCACCUGGUCUGGGAAAGAUAACCAAAAGACUAGCAAGACGCAACUGUACACCACAGUCGUUCGGAAGUGUAGCUUCAUCCCCCGCUACGUCGGCUGCAGCCACACAGCUCUGGAGGUCUUUCUACAUGGAGUCAAUGAGCCCCUAGCCAACAGCCCCAACCCCAUGGUGGUGAUUGCCCGGGUGGUUCCCAACUACAAGGAAUUCAAGGCCAGCCAGCUAAACAGGGACCUCACCUCCGUAGGGCUGCCUAUCACCCCAGUCCCUUUCCCUAUCCCAUCCAUGAUGAACUUCGAUGUGCCUCGGGUCAGCCAGAAUGGGUGCCCUCAGCUGUCCAAGCCUGGGGGACCCCCGGAGCAGCCCCAAUGGAAUCAAUCCUUCCUCUUCCAAGGUAGAGAUGGAGCCACCAACUUCUCAGAAAACACAGCCUUGGUACUAGAGUACUACUCCACUUCAAUGAAAGGCAGCCAGCCCUGGACCCUCGGUCAGCCCCUGGGCACCUCUGUGCUGCCACUAAAGAGUCGUUUGUACAGGAAGAUGCUGACAGGGAAAGACCUGGAUGGGCUACGCGUGGCAAGGCUCCCCAUAACGGAAACCAAUCUGAAAACCAUAAAUGGUGAGACCCCCACAGUGGAUCUCUCCUUCCAGCUGAUUUCCUCUGAGAGGCCAGAAAAGUUCUUGACGCAAAACAACACCAAGGCUUUGCCCACCCUGGACCCAAAGAUCCUAGAUGAGAAGCUGGGAACCAUCCGAGAGUCCUGGUCCAAGGCCACAACAAGCUCCACAAUGGACUCCAGCACGCCCUCCUCCUCGGUGGCAGAGGAGGAGUCUCCAGUGUCAGAGAUGGCCCGAGAUACAGUGCUCCCUGCUGCCCUGCUCCUCCCAGCCCCUGAGUGUGCCCGAACAGCCCCUGAGGGCACCUGUUGA